UUCGCACCAAUUAUCAACUAUCAAAGCUUUCUGCGAGCAGCACGACUACUCCGCAGUACGCACGCACAACAAUGGCGUCAACGACGAUGGCGAUGACGAUGACGAUGACGUCAUCAAUGCCUCGGCCGUUCCAACGCCUCCCACCAACUUCGAGAAUUAUUACAAUCGCGAGCUUCCGUGGUUAUAUCCUCGCUCUCGACAGCUCCAGGAGAAUCGAGUUUUGUUACGGGCAGAACGCAUAUCAUAGGCAAUCAAGUUCUUUGUCUGCCGGAGGUCUCAGAUACUUGUCCAAACCCAUAUGUGCAAGUGGUGGCUCUGGUUUAGAGGCAGUGAUUACAGAUCCGAAGGACAAUGCAGUAACUUUGAAAAAUGCCAAGAUUGUUGUAGAGUCCCAGACAGAAGGUCAGAUGCAACUGAGAGUGGAUCUGACUGGCGAUGAGACACAAAGAGUAUUUGAUCAGGUUUUGGCUAAUCUUGCUCGAACAGCACCACCAGUUCCAGGUUUUCGUCGGCAGAAAGGCGGAAAAACAUCAAAGGUUCCCAGGGAUUUUCUCUUACAGAUACUUGGUGAAGACCGCGUCACCAAGUUUGUGAUCCAAGAAAUAGUUACUUCAACAAUGGCUGAUUAUGUCAAAAGGGAGAACCUAGCUGUGAAAGAAAACAAGAUCAGCACAACCCAGACAGCAGAAGAACUCAAAUCAGCAUUUGCUCCUGGUAAAAAUUUCGGAUUCAAUGCUGUAGUGGAACUUGAAAGUCCAGAAGUUGAGACAUCAAGUUCAACCUCUGAUGACUUGUAAAAUUUUUAUUCUAUAUUAAGUAAAAAGGGAGAUACACAGUAAGUUCUGUUUAUCGUAUUAGUUUAUUCCUUUGUCACAAUUUUUUGCCAAAUCGAAGUUAUUAUUGCUUGGUAUAUUUGUUACGUUCUUUC